AAGAGGGACUUCGUUUCCUGUCCCUCGUGUGAUCCGUCCGUGAGCACGGUUCUGGCAAUGACAUUACUAUAGUCCAGCCGAAUUUAAAGUGUGAAUCGAGGAUUUUAUCGCCGCAGCGAUGCCUCGUUACGAACUUGCCCUGAUCCUGAAGCAGAUGCAGCGGCCGGAGACAGCGGCUGCUGUCCGGCGGGCUGUGGAGUCGUUGAUGGAGCGGGGAGCGGUGGUGAGGGACCUGGAGAACCUUGGGGAGAGAAUCCUGCCCUACAAGAUAUCCAAACACAACCAGAAACACGUUAGAGGGGCAUACUUUCUGAUCGAUUUCUACGCAUCCCCCGGAAUCAUCUCUGGUUUAGUAGAUCACCUGCACCGGGACGUGGACGUGGUGAGGCCCACGGUGCUGAAGAAGGACGCCCCGGUCUCUGGAAGUAACUGCUGUGGGCCCCAACAGUAACCCAAUGCUUCACAGCUCAUAACCAGGAGAUCAUCAGCGUGACGCUUCCCUCCUCGACCUGUAUCAUAGUUUCUGAUCUGCAUUUGGAUGUCGUGUUGUAAUAAAAUACUUCUUUUUUCUA